AUGAUUGCGAACUCUGCAGCUGACUCGAAUUCUGACGUGGCUGGCUUCUGUCGGUUUGAAGGUAAGAAAAACAACAAACAGAGCAUACUUGAGAGGUGGAAUUACUAACAUCUUCAUUCCUAGAGCUCGCUUGAUGGUUGAAUUCUUCAACGGCUGAUUUGAGUAACAUGAUUAUGUGAAAUAGCGUAAUAUGCAACGUACCUCAAAUCCGAUGACGGUUUCUCUUUGACGCAUUUGGGGAAUUUAAAUGGUAAACUCAGGGAUUAGAAAAAUCUUUGCACUUGGUGUCUUUGACUAAAAGUAAGCCUGGCCGAUAUAAAAAUCUCGCUUAAGAGGAUUACCUGUAACUAGUGUAACUAGGAGAUUUACUCCGUUAAAAUUUUCUGCGAUAUUUCGAACGCGAGGUGAGAAGGAUAUUACCGGACAAAUCAAUCACUAGUUGAACACAAGUAAUAGUUUGAUUUAAUGAUUACGCGCCUGCAAGCUCAGAAUGGCAAAGUAAGGAAUUGGGUUUUAGUACGAUGAGAGAAGUCUAGCUCUACAGAGUGAAAUAAUCUUUUACCCACCUUUAAAAGCAACUUCAUUUUCGUUGUGUUGCAGUAUGACCCAAACUAAUGCGAAAUGCUGACAGACGAGUUUGCAAUUGAUGGUAUAACCUUACACUAUGUUUACAAAAGACUGAACCUCAAACGGGAAAAGUGCAAACAUUUUUAACAAUCUUUCAUUAAAAUUCCUUAGGAAACACCCAUGUAUCUCUGAACUAAAGGGUUUUAGAACUUCCACCGUGCUCUACUGACGUCAUCGAGCUCUGACAUUUCAUUUAGCCCUGGAAACUCCUUCACGCAACAAAUGAAUGAGAAGUACCUUGUUGAAGAGCUGUUUUUCACUUUAAAAAGUGACAUUCUUUGUUCCAAGUCAAAAAAUUAAAAGGAUAUAUUUUUCGCCUAUUUGGUUUUUUCGUGGUCAACUUAUAACCAUUUUAGUCUUAACUAAACUAUUGACGAAAGAGCCGUUUAGUUAAAUGGCCCGGCCACACCAUGGAGUCUUAUCCACAAAUUAGAAGACUCAUUAUUUCUCCAUAAAUGACCCUGGGAGUUAAAGGGUCAACCAUGUGAUCGAUUAUUUCAUUGUCUUUUAUGAAGGGACGUGCAAUUAAUAAAAAAAUUCACAUCCCGUUCAAAAAAGACUUAAUAUUUCCAAGAAAUGAGAAUAAUAAGGAAACAUAAUUAUGCACUUGAGCGCAUGAACAGUUCAUUGACCACGACCAACUUCCUCCUAGUCUGUUAAGGAGGUGAGAAAAAUAAUUAUCGGCUUCUUUCAGGCCCUACACGAGAAUAGUUUCUUAUAUGAACUGUCCUGACCGGUUGACAAACUUUUGUACCGUAUAAAUGGAAAACUAAGUUCGGUUCCACUGUUAGGACUAAAAACGGAAAUUAAACAACUAUAAGCCACUGGGAUUACAAGCUUUUAUAAAAGACGACAAUCUGCAGUUGUAAAACUGCACUUCCGAUUCUGUUUGACCUUUAUUGUCUCAUAAUGCGUCACCAAAGGCAAAUGCCACGGAUUAAAUUGUAUGCUAAAUAAUAGUACGUGAAAAGCUGCUAAAAAUGUAGAUGAAAGGCUAUUUCUUUGUCAUAACUACUCCACUGAGAGGCAAUCUUACGGUUGCUUGUCACUGCUCUCUUUGCACGAACAUCUCUCACUCUUUUUGCAAAACAAAUGUGGAUAAUUAAUCUGUAACUCGCAACGGUCAUACGCCGAUGUCAAGUAUUCAGAGCCUCUUGUUUAACUCAGUUUAGUUACAAAAUUAUCGUGUUAAUAAGCAAUUUUUAUUCCAAUAUUCCUUUUCAUUUUCGGUUUCACGUUUAGAGUCUUUCCCAAAAACCUGCCAAAACAAGCAUGAUGGAUCUCCCCGCAAACUGAAUACAGAAAGUGACCUUUAUUUUUCCUUUAUUCUUAUCUUUUACAGCCAGCUUGUGUCGGCUGACUCCCUUCGUCACAGUGCCAAUGAGUUACAUGGACAUUCUUUCUGUAAGUAUAUUUGUCUACCAAAAGUAAUUGCGCAGUAGGCCAUUUCUGAGUUCCUCAAACUCUCACUUUUAACCCUUUAAGCCCCAAUAUCCACAUACAAAUUCUCCAAACUGAUCUCUACACAUUUCCUUUAAGGAUUAGUUAAGAGAAUUUGAUAAGAGAUCAAAGUAUUUUCUCUUAGGUGAUCAUUUUAUUAAUUCUCAUAACCUCCUCAUGACAAUGUAUGGAUAUCGUUAGGAGAAAAUUGCUGUUGGUCACUAUUGGGACUUAAAGGGUUAAAGCCAGUGGAGUUGGGUGCAAACCCUUUAACAUGAACGUAAGUUAUACCUGAAUGACCAUAAAACUUAUUUCCAUCAUAACACUUUGCGCUUCCUCCAUUUUUGGAAAAAAAACUCUGUAAUGGUCUACUGCGUAAUCCCCUUCCUUUUUAUUACCGAGCUGUGCGGUGACGGACCAAACAUGAAAUCAGAACAUUUCUUCAAUUAUUAUUAUAGUUACUUAACCUGACUCGAGGCAGUGUAUUAUCUCUCUCAAACAGCAGAAGAUCAUCUGCCACACGUCUUCCCCCAACUUUUGAGUUCAGAUCCUCAGGUCGUUGUAACGAUUUUCAUCAGGGGCAUCUGUAAGUCAGGAUAAAAAAACAAACUCGGAGCAUAUAUUAUAAGCCGAAGUACCACUUUACAAAUUACAUUUCAAAUUCUGUGUGGUUAAACUAGUAUAGCUACGCUUUUCAUAAAUGAGCACCUAUUAGUAUUCGAACAUGAAAGUACUAUUGUUUCCUUAAGCUUUCCUGAGCAGUUAACCCUUAAAAUCUAGUAAACGUGCAAAAAAAGUAAAAUCGCAUAGAGAGCAAAAACCACAAACCGCUUCGAACUUUUGCUUCUUUAAUCGUUCCUAUGCAUUAUUAUUUAGCCCUUAAACUGUUUUGGGUUAGGUCGCGCAUGGAAAAAGAACUGGUACCUAGUAAACGCGCAAUAAGUCUCGGAAAUCCCAUACAAAGUACAAACCACAAACCGCGAGAAUCAUCAAGACUUUACACUCUCAGAUUAUAAUUCUAGAUCUCAAAUCGUCUUCCGAACAGAUAUUUUCCGAAAAUUGACGGUUGGGUGCCCCUGUUAUAAUUCUUCAAGUCACUUCUUUUAACACGAGAAUUCAUAUAAAUCCACUCAAGGCCAACACCGAACCUCCGUAUUUCUCUUUUGCCUGCGUCAGUCGGUCAGCGGUUGAACUUGAACCUUUUGAUAUUCCCGCCAUAUAAAUUUAAGUUGGUCGCGACACAUUAUCAACCGUUGCGUGACAAGUAUUCAGAAGUAUUGUCCAGCAGGGAGAUAUUGGAAGUUUAGGAUUGUCUGCACCUAACAAAUCGGCUGGGCUUAUUUGAUUGUCUGCUUUUUAUUCAAUUUUACGUUCCUGUGAGUCGCCUUUCACACAGUACAGCAAUUCGUGAGAGCAGACAGGGCAGACAAGAUACCACUCAGCUGUGACAUAGGACCUGUUCUCGAGUAUGCAUUGUUUAUCAAGAAAUUCCUACGAAUAAUUUUUAAUACUGACGAGUAUUUCGAGAUGCACAUUAACUGAGGCAAAGCAAGAUCAUAGAGCUCAUAGGUUGGUAUUGAAUAUCUGAUAGUCAGGGGAGGGUUUCGAUCAAGGCAUUACUGAAGUUUUGGCCUUUCUCUUUAAACCAAGAAGACAAAGCCUUGUUUGUUAAGAGUGGAAAGCCAAUACAGAAUCAAUAGAAGUAUGUACAGUGACUAUUAAAUCGUAAGUUGAAUCCUUUUGCCAACACGAACAUUGCCCGAUAAAGGACGUCACUUUGCUUUAUAGUUACAGGCUUGCUUUUUUAGUUAUUAUUUGUCGUAUACGAGGAUACUUUGAAGGACUUCAGGCUUAUCACUCUCAUAAAUCUCUUAUAUUAGCCAUCCUCGUCCCGCAUUGUCGCAAUAUAGCAUUCCUCUCAGUCUCCUCCUUGCUACUAAGGUUUUGUCCACACAAUUCAGGUCAAGCCGGCCCACGCUAGUGUCCACACCAGAAAGAGAGGGGCCGGUGAAAUUUAAAACGGAUCACUUUGGAGAAAACGGGAAAGAAAAGUUCGCAGGAGCAAUUGUCAAAAAAGGAUAGAGUUUUUUUUUUUUUUCAAGUUUUAUAACAAAAAGAAAGGACGAGCCAGUGAAUGUACAGCUUUAUCUCUCGUUGUUCAUGCCUUAGAAAGGGAAUGAUGGUCAAAAAAAUGAAGCUGCGCAGCGGUUUUCCCAGCCACAAAGUAAUCAUAUCUCUGGCUUGCUCACCAUGUAAUGGCGGGAAAGCACGUGUAUACAUGUACCGCACAACCACACAUGAGGUAUGUGGCUUAGACUUCGAGCAGUCUUUUUUUUCAGUGCGCACAGUCAAGCAAAGCGCGCAAGACGCACGUACCAGUCCCAGUGAAUUUAUGUUGGAAAGCCGUCUGUACUUAAAACGCAAGCAAAUAAAGAGUCUACAGCUAUUUCGAGAAAGGUUGUCGGAAAAAUGUGCACGCGACAAUCCCGAAAGGUAAUAUGGGAUAUGAUCAAUACUCUGUUCCUGACGACUGUACCUGUCGAACCUACUUUUGUUGCUUUCCUUUAGCACUCGCAAACACUUUUCCACGGCCUUUCGUACCAAUUCUUUCAAACUUCUUUAAAUAACAGUGAACUUAAAACCACCCACAACGCCCUUCGGGUUUGUCGCGUGCACUUUUUCGACAACCUUUCUCGAAAUAUCUGUAUACUCAAAACGCACGUAGACAACUGCACUUUAGUCGCUCGUUUCCACGACUUUAUCACUCGAAAGAGUCGACUUGUGGGCAAUUCUCGCAGACAACGUACGUAGCAGUUAUUAACAAACCUUCCACGAGAAAGAUCAACUCUUACUCUUUCAUGACCGAAAUGAGAACUUUCCUCAAAAGCCUGACCUAGCUUAUAACUACAGCCCUCCCUACUGCUUGGACUAAUGUGGUGGACAAAUAUUUCGCCAAAAACAAAGUAGAUCCAUUUUGUAUUUUUUCCCUAGUAUCUUUGCGAUCACUGUGUAUUUUCUCCCUAGCUAUUUCAGAUCAUUGCAAAGGGUUAUUUCGAAGGUAAACGAAACUUCCGGCCUCUACCGUGUAACUGUAAAUAUGAGGUAACCGCGCGAUAUAAUUUGGUAAAUCAAACUUCCACACAUUAUAAGAAUGCAAGUUACUUAAUGUGCGCUCACUUUAGAAAUUACCACAUUUUAUAGUUUCUCUAGUCAGUAGAGGUUUCCCGUGCUGCUGCUCAACAUCACGUUACUUCAGUAAGGGCGAUCUAUUCUCCCGCCGCUAUCAAUGACUAAAAGAGCGGAAAGACCGACUCAUUAACACCGCUCCGUUACAAUAAACAAACCAACAUAAUAGUUUAUUAUUCACAGCCGCUUUGAAAAGUCUUUUUCUCUGAAAUUAUUUUAAUAUCCUUUAUCAAAAGGAAAACCUGGUCUGCGAACAAAGCAAAUAAGCCGCCUAUCGAUUAGCCGGCGUAUUCUCGGUUUGGGCGUUUUCGGUAAUUGCACCUAAUAUGAUGAUUAGACGCAAAUAUUUUAGCUUAAAAAUUAUUCCAUACGUGAUUUAACAUCACAACGGCGUCACAAGAACCCUGCCAAUCACUUCUACUACUCUUACAAAAAUAACCUGUUAAUGUUUCCAAUGGAGAUCAAUAUUUCAAGUAGUAUUAGCCCUAUCAAUCGUAUGCUUUUCGUGACUGCGGUCCGCCUCUGUUGAGAUUUAAGGGAGUGGGUGGUAAAUAUCGCACGCAUGAGAGCAUUUUCUCGACCAAAACAUUAGGGUUCUAGACUUCCAAGCAUUUUUCAGUCGAGUAACAGAAUGAAGGCUGAUAUAGAAUUAACGCGGUUUGGUAGAAUCAUGAAGACGGAUCUUAAAAGAAGACGGCACAUGGGUGGUACAUGGUUGCUUAUGUUAGAUGUAAGUGCUUGAAAUUCUCAGUUGAGUCAUCAUUUAAUUCUAUGCCGCAAACGAGACAUAAAUAGCGAUACUCAACAAUUAAUUUCUUCACUGCAUUCUUUUUUCUAAUGACUUUUUCUACAUUGUCAGCCUUAAAUUUAAGAUUGACGCUCUUGAGAUAAUUCUGAAUAAGCUAUCUAGACGGGAUUCAUUAAACUAAUGGUUGAAAAAUUGCGAACUAAAUAAGACAAAACAACCUUACAACGUGUAGGUUUCAGCGAUACAUAUAGUUUAAUGGGGGAUAGCUUCUGUUUAUAACUCAGUCGUCGUUUUUUAGAUUAAGUACUACUAAAUCGUUGUCUUUGUAGCUGAAAGAAGCGUUACAAACCACGCUGGUUAUAAAUCACGUAUAGUCAACACACUUUGAAAGGUAGGGAUUAUAGGACUUUACCGAAUUUGUGGCAAGCUCUGCUUCAGUUACGGGAUCAUAGUUUCUUGCCUAAGUUGCUCAACAGUCGUGGUACGACUGAUAAAUUGGCCCUGCGUAAGAGCAUCUGGGGCUAAGUUUUAAAAGACAACACGCUUCUACAACCCUUCUAACUUAGCUAUGAUUUAGUUAGUAUCAGUUGAUUUUUAUAACAAAUCAGGGUCAUGUUUUUGAACUGAAAUUAACCUCCGCGCCGACACCACUGACAUGCAUGAAAGAACCCGGCAUGUAAUUCCGAUAGUUGGUGCUCGUUGGGACGAGUCUGAUGACUUAGGGUUUCAAGAGAACGAUUGCUAGUUUAAUACCCGAAACUGAAUACCAAAUUUAUACAAUUCUCAAAUUUUGCGGAAAUGCGGACAACUAUAACUUAUUCGUUAUUCUUUCGUUUUCCGUGAAACGGAAAUCAGUGGUUUGGAUCCUUUCAGGGAGCGCCGAUUUUGUUAAAGCAGAAAAACCACCAAAGUGUCUCUCUGAUAUAAGGCAAGUUCCUCCUGAAUCUUAAGAGCGAAUGCACAGAAAAAUCGAGCAAAAUCGGUAAAUCGUGGCCACUGCUCAAAACCUAACUUACCCUCAUUUUCAGUCUGUAAUAAGGUUUUAAUGAGUUUAUAACACUGCUGAGGUUUAAAUUUCAAAAUGCGACCGAGUUUGGGAAUUAUUUGAGAUUUUCGAUUUCAACGGUCAGCGGGCCUAAAAUUAGCCGCCGAACUCGGGAAAAUAGCCCAGUGACAGAAUUGAGCUGAUUUUCAUAAACGAGCGAAUAUAUUGGCAAUCUUCCACUUAAAUCUCAAAAAGCAGAUAUCUAACAAUUUCUGAACGGCACAUUUUUUAGAUUUAGAGUAUAAAAUAUCGACGAACCAGCAGAAUUUUGAAACGUAAUUUGCAUAAUGCUUAUAAAUACAACAAUUUACCGCUAAAACCAAAAUCGAAUUUUCUAUAUGGGGGAAUUCUCCAAAUCACCCCAAAUCCCGCUUACUACCUAAUGAGAUAUGGUACUUCAACAUUAUCUGAAAGUUAGUCUGGUGUUCUUGCGAACGCUUGUAAAAUAGACUGAUUAUUUUGAGGUUAUUUCGCCCCAAACAACCGCUAAUUGACCCCAGGGUCAAUUGACACGUGCACGUCACCUUAGUUUUAUGCGUCGAUUUGAGCUCGUUAAAAGGGAGAAACUAACAAGAUUCUUUUAAUAUGUACCUGUUUUAAUGAAAUACACGCAAUCUUCAAAAGGAGAGGCCGUUCAAUGGGUAAUUUCUGUUCUUGAGAUCUUGUAGAUUGCAGCAUGGCGUCUGCGAGUAGACCUGAGUCUAGGUCUGUUUUCCCGUGACUGCGAAAUCAGAAUAACAUCAAGAAAUAAUUCUCCCUCGAAUCUUCUUAAGUGAAUCAGCUUUGCAGUGCCUUACCUGAGAUAAAAAGUGGGCCGAAAAGCAAACAUUUCUAGCGCAAUUUGGAUCCUUUCACUAAGUAAACCUAAAAGAACUACCUAUGGUCUUAACUCCUUUUCUUACUUUUCAGCUAAGCAGUGGAAUGGAUGCACUGCCGGACUUUUUUCGUACCAGUUUUUUUGCAGACUUUAAGACUAAAAUACAGGAUGUUACCUUCAUGUAGAUUCUUUUUGCCUGACAUACUUAAACUUAAAAUUGUGAAUUCUAAAUGAUAUUUUCUUUCCUUGCAUUUAAUGUAUAUAUAUAUUUUCUAUAUAGUUUUUAUGUAGUGUCAGCUCGAAGAUAUUAGCUUGUUAGCAACUCCAAAAUUCCAGUAUAAAUAAAGUUUUAUGUUAUGUUAUGUUGUGGAACGAAGUGUAUUGCAGAGCGAAAGGUGAGUAAACGUGGGAAAGAACGUUAGCUUUGAUUGCGUGACCAGCCAGUAAACGAUAGUCUCCAGCGAAAAAUAGGAUUCGCAAAAAUCUUGCUGAUGUAUAUUUAACAGUUUGUUACUUUAAGUUUACACCUGGUUUGUCUAAAACUUUAAACAAUGCAUAUCUGUCCAAGAGUACAAGAAUGUUUCGAAAGAUCCACCCCUAAAUAACUGUGGGCUACUCCUUUUUCCCCAGCACCGAUGUGCACUUCCUUCCCACUGUCUUUUGCAUGAGGCUUGUAUGCUUUUUUAACUGUUAUCGACACUUAAAAGUGGCCGUUUAAGGCCUGGUUUAAGAACUUGACUGACUUAAAAAACCGUCGCGAACAUGCGCUAUUAUUGUUGGACUUUGGAAGCUUUAAGCCCAAAAUGAUGGUGCAAUCUCGAGAAAUUUGCCCGGGUCUAAUUAUAAGACAGAGAACGGGUACUAAGAAAGGGUCGGUCUCAUUUAGCAACCCGUGGACAAUCUGGGCACGCUUGCCUUCUGUCGCAGGGGCAACCGUUAAGACCAGGUACGCCGCCCCCACCCGAGAGGAUUGCAUGGCAUCCACCAUUUCAGUCGCUGUUUCUACAUCAUGACCUUCAAUUAUCAUGAAUUAUAAUGCGGGCCUUGAUCGUUGCCACCUUACCAGAAGUCUAAUCUUCGCACUGUUAGACCAUGAGAAUCUCUAUUAUUAUUCCAUAAAUGCAUCAUUGACUUUUCCUUGCUCAGCUUCCGGUAAACCGAUACUCCGAAGCAAAAAUAGCUUUACAACGACUCUAUCCAGGCCAGAACUCCUGAUAUCAACAAAUAUACCCCCAAAGAGAGCAAACGUUCCCCGAACUAUUCACUUGACCCACCUCAUCCCUUCGUUAAGAAACACUACGCACUCAGUUCACUGGACAAAACGCGCUCGUGAAUAUACCAAACUAUAGCCGUUCAUCCUACAAGCAAUCUUAGUUUCAGCAGGCGUGGCCACGUUUCCAGUUGCUGUAAGAUUAAUUCGACACCUGCAACAGACACUGUAAAUUAAAUAGCAGCCACAACGCCCUUUUUUGAAACACUCAGGACGACAAAGUUUAUAAAAGACUUAACAGGUGUGCGCGGCGGUUUCCUUUUCUUCCUUCCCUCCCAUUGUAGCACUCAAAUUCUGACCCUGAUAUUAAUUCUAGUAGUAAUCAAUCGUUCCUGAGCCGAUAGGCACAAGGAUACAAGUUUCUUGCAAAAUAUGCCUUCGGCCGCUGAUUAGGUUUGGUUCUGUGCUUUGAAAUAACUUUAGGAACGAAACAUGAUACGUGAGGGAAGUGUCAGGCUAAGGGCAAGUGACUCUCGGUGGUGAAGACAUAUACUGAGCUUGUCAGUAUUUCGUAGCCUGUACCACGUCGCGAAAAUAGAACAAGCCAAAGAAAAAUAAGACGCCUUUCUUUUCCCAGCCCCCGCAGGUUUUUCGCAUUACUUUUUACUGCACAACUGAUUCUACCUUUUCGAGCCGGAGCGAAGAUGGACGCCCUUGGGGUUAAGUUUCCACUUCAUUUUCGGCACCUGACUAAACGCAAGCGCUGACUUGUGCGCCUAUGCUUCGUUUGCGCUGAAGUAGCAGUAUAUGACCACGACAGACUUGCUGCUAUCCUUGGUUUGAAACCGCAAUGGGCAAGAACAAUUUCUUGAAAAGAGCAAACUGUUUAAUUUUCCUCCUUAGUAGACAUGGAGAACAACUACUAGGACUUAAGCAAUGCCAUUGCUUAAGCCCUACUAGACUUGAAAAGAGAAAGCAUGAUGCUUUCUCUUUUUAAUGAUUUACGGCUAAACGGUACAAUUUCAUGUAGCUUUCACGCAAAAUUAAAUACUUAGUUGUUUGCAGAAUUGCAUUUAACAACAAAUUACAGAAAUUUAACUAAGUUUAGAUCUCAUAGAUAAGAAUUGAACGGAAAAAACUUUUGGGGUAAAAAAGUCAAAAAAUAAUGUUUGCUGGAAAAUCACUUAAUGGACAUACAAUAGCAGAGAUAUCAUGCCUGUAAUUUUCUGUUCAAUGCACCUUAUGACAAGUCUGACUAAUCCACUGGUAACCCAUGCCUUAAAACCGCCUUGAAUCUUAAAAUUUAAUCCAUUUGCCUUUCAUGCGUAGUGGUUGGGGGUAAAAUCAGAAGAACAGAACAUUCAGUUACUGUACCAUUUUUAAAAGUGGGACAGUAUGUUUGCUAAUCAUCUUAGUUAACCGCCUUUAAAAUAGGACAAAAGGACACCUGGUCAUACAGGAAAAUGAAUUUACUGUAUCCCGAAAGCUUUGGUUUCCCGUGCACUUAUUUUUCGCAGGAGACAAUCGAUAAUUGCCUGGUCACGCAAUCGGAGGUUAGUAACUAAUUUUAAAAAAGUCAUUGAUACCAUCGCCGCUUAGCAAAUACACUACGUGCUGCAAAGGAUCCAAAUUGCGCUUAUAGAAUGUUUUCCUAUUCGGCCCACUUUUUAUCUCAGGUAAGGCAUUGCAAAGCUGAUUCAUUUACGAAGGUUCGAGCGAGAAUUAUUUCAUGAUGUUAUUCUGAUUUCGCAGCCACGAGAAAACAGACCUAGACUCAGGUCCACUCGCAGACGCCAUGGUACAAUCUACAAGAUCUCAAGAACAGAAAUUACCCAUUGAACGGCCUCUCCUUUUGAAGAUUGCGUGUUUUUCAUUAAAACAGGUACAUAUUAAAAGAAUCUUUGUUAGUUUCUCCCUUUUAACGAGCUCAAAUCGACGCAUAAAACUAAGUUGACGUGCACGUGUCAGUUGACCCUGCGGUCAAUUAGCGGUUGUUUGGGACGAAAUAACCUCAAAAUAAUCAGUCUAUUUUACAAGCGUUCGCAAGAACACCAGACUAACUUUCAGAUAAUGUGGAAGUACCAUAUCUCAUUAGGUAGUAAGCGGGAUUUGGGGUGAUUUGGAGAAUUCCCUCAUAUAGAAAAUUCGAUUUUGGUUUUAGCGGUAAACUGUUGUAUUUAUAAGCAUUAUGCAAAUUACGUUUCAAAAUUGUGCUCGUUCGUCGAUGUUUUAUGCUCUAAAUCUAAAAAAAUGUGCUGUUUAGAAAUUGUUAAUAUCUGUUUUUUGAGAUUUAAGUGGAAGAUUGCCAAUAUAUUCGCUCGUUUAUGAAAGUCAGCUCAUUUCUGUCGCUAGGCUAUAUUGCCGUGUUCGGCGGCUAAUUUUAGGCCCGCAGACCGUUGAAAUCGAAAAUCUCAAAUAAUUCCCAAAUUCGGCCGCAUUUUGAAAUUUAAACCUCAGCAGUGUUAUAAAUUCAUUAAAACCUUAUUACAGACUUAAAAUGAGGGUAGGUUAGGUUUUGAGCUGUGGCCACGGUUUGCUCGAUUUUUCUGUGCAUUCGCUCUUAAAACUCGUACUAAGUUGGUUGAUCAUGACUGAUGGGUGACCGUACAACCGGAACAGUCGCCUGAGUAAAUUGGAAACAAGAAACCGCCAAAUCCACUACGAUUAUCGUCUAACUAGAGAUUAAAUCCAAAUAUUACGUGGGGGAGUCCAACACUCGUGCAUACACGCACAGUAUAAUGACUAUCAUGUGAACUACUUGUGACAUCACUUAGCUUAAAAAGAAAUGACGAUGCAUGAUGUAUACUUGUGUCCACACACCCAUUCUGCUUUCUAAAAAGGCCUGCUUUUAUUUCACAUUAUUAUGACUGGGAAAAGUCUGUACCUAAUUAUUUUAGUUCUACGAUGAAUUGCUAGUCUCUCUCUUGAUCUUGGGCAUCAACCGCAUGGCCAGCGUAUCACUGCGGGUAUAUGGGAAAGCGGAGGGAACCGCAAUAUGCUGAUAUAUUUCCUGGUUGAGCAAUUACAUCACGUGCGUGCAGCCAAGUGUAAUUUCAGGGCGGUAUUAAAUAGGCUCCUGGUAAUGUCAAUUUUGAAGUGAUUCAUAACAACAAUUAGACAAAAAGAAACGAUAUGGUAGAUUGCAAAUAAAGCCUUUAUAGUAUCUCAAAUUGUAUAUCUUUUUCAGCCUUGGCUUUCUUGUACUGAGUUCACCAUUUCGAAUUUAAGAGGGCUCUGAACCUCGCUCGCGUUUUGAAUUUCUUUAACUUCUUCAAAUUUGGCAUUUUUAUCAUGUUGACCUUCCACAACAAAGACUCAAGGAGCUUGUGUUUUUUAUUGAAACAAACUAACGGUUAAGAUGUCGUAAGCAGGCUUUUUCUACGGUACAUUGUUACGGUUUUACAAUGAUCAGGCACUUGUUUGUCACCGUUUGUUGUCGUAGUGUUUGUUCCGGCACCGCUCUUUCGCUCAGGUUCAUACUUUGCUUUACCAUUAAUUUUCAAAUAAGCUUGACCGAUGUUUUUCCUUAGAGAAUGGAGGUUUCAUCUCUGGAGGACAUUCUCACGGCACCAAACUUAAAUAACUGCUUCCAAGCGGAGGAUGAAGACAAGGGGAAUGGUUCUUCGGCACAGUCUAACAAUGCAUUUACGCUUCAAGGAUGCGCGGACGAAAACGAAAAUGAGGUAUUUCAAGAGCAUCCAAACCUUUCAACUGUGACCCAUUUUGAUACGCAGGCUUGUUAAAAUACACAAUUAACUCCAAGAUAGGGCUACCCUGGGUGCCAGAAGUUUUUUUCUCGCGUGCGACGAGGAGCUUCGUCGGCCGCAGGCCGACCCGUCUUCGGGCGAAGACCGGAGACACGAGCGGCGAAAUCGCUUUUCGCGCGGGUCACUUUUUAAAGACAUGACCGAAACCGGAAACCGCGCAUGAAAAGCCUCUGGCCCCCAGGGUAAGAUAGGGCAGUCAUAAGAAAAAAAUAAAUCUUAGUAUAAGGGAUUUCAGUCGCCCACCACCAGUCUUCGAUAGUUUCCUUUUGGGCUGGCGAGUAUAUCCGCCUUAAUAACGUCGGUUUAUAACCGUAUAUUCAUUUCCAAGUCACAUAUGCACUUUACGCUUUCGUUCCAUUCAAGCUGUGACUCAGAUAAGCUCUAGUGACAUACUGGCUGAAUCCAGUCCACAUUUGCCUACCCCUUCCCCUGCCAGUUAAGUCUGCCAUAUUGCAUUCUACACUUUCCAGGGUAGAAUGAGAGAAGUCACAUUUUUCUUUAAAGAUAAUGGUUUGGUUUCUCGUAACUUCCAUGCUUGAUUAGUUUUCCGGAUCGAAAAGAGUUUCCCGUUCUCUCCACAAUCGGCAGUUGUUGCCACAGUAAAUUUAAAGGAAAAAAUUACGAGAAUAUAUCCAGUGUGCCGUUAGUAUCAACUUCCUUUUUUGGGAGCUUUUUAAGAAUUCCAAAAAUGAUGAAUUAUAAUUGUGGCCUGAAAUGUUUUCGAGGCUUUGCAUACUCAUGUCUGUGAGAUAGAAGGGUUCAUAAGCUGUGAUGUUCCAAAUUUUGUUUAUUCGGAUGCAAACUACCAAUGUUCUCGUAAAUAACAGAUAAAAAUACACAUCGGGCAUCCGAUAUCCGGCUUGUUAAAGCAGCAACAAAAUGUUGUCUUUCUGUUUAGGCUAUGAGUGCUUAAAAAUACAUUAAUAGUUACCUGCUGGAUAGGAAAGGCUCCAGUACUGAGGCCAUUCAGAAAAUAGGUAUCUGGUCACCUCGCCACCAACGAAAUCCCCACCAAGAAUAGAACCUAGCUUAGCACUGUUUCGAACCUUCAUGAACGCAAAUUUCUUAACCGUUACUUUAUUUUCAUAUUUCAAAGAAAUUACUAGAGGUUGUGAAACGCUUCUGCCAGUUUUUUAACUGAUCUCUCAAAUGUCAAAGUCAGGUGACAUUCACACUAGAGUAUUUUAGUAUUUGCAUUAUCAAGAGCAUAAGACGUUAGAUGCAAGAAUCGUCAAUUUAGGAUCGACAGAUUUGUAUUUGGGUCGACUUUAAAUUGGAAUAUACUUGGCAAAAAUCGUAGAUAAGUAAUCCCACGUAUUAAACUGUGUCAAUUAUUUCAGUUGGAGGCGAGUCGACCUCUUGGUGGCAAGAUGGUUUGGUCGCGAGAUGACCCGUCGUAAACCAAAAAAUAUUUAAGUUUGAAGAUAACCUGUCUAUAUCGCUAAAAACUCCUAAAGUCCUACCUGUCUACAUUUUUGACAUGGUUACUUCUAAACUACGUUUUCAAAAUACGUUCUCCAGUAUUGAGUAAAAGCGAUUACCGGUGUUGGAUUUUAGGAAGAAAAGACGUACAAUGUGCAUUAUCAGUGCACACACAGUUCUUGCCAAUCAAACCCAAAUAUAAGAUUCGUACGACAAUUCUCAUUAAACUAAAUUCAAUGUUACGGUACAAAAAUGCAAAUCUGGCGCCAAUUUUGUUAAGUGCGUUGGCUGGGAAUGCUCUUACCCACUCACUCAUGCAUUUCACUCCGGCGUAGAUCAGUGAGUGACUCUUGGGUCAAUGCACAUGAUUACGAUCUCAAAUCGUUCUUUUCAUUUCAGCCAGUUCCUACGCCAGUAAUUGAGACGGAGGAAGAGUCAAAGCGCCGAUUGGGUAAGUGAUCAUUUUAUUCUGCACGUUCUCUCUGGUUGUCGAUUGUGCAGAGACCGCUUUCUCCACACCGCACCUCUGUAUUAUGACAGCCGAUGAAUGCCUUGCCUUGCAAAUCCUGUAAAGUGGGUAGAAAUAAUCUCCCUUAACUUUCUUAACUGGGCGUUUAAAUCCUGUCGGUCUACGUGACUCGUGCUUUGAUACUCCAAAAGUGUGCCUUUUGACGGUACAGUGUCCUUGUUUCCUGUUCAGCCAAGUCAUUAAUCAUUUGUUAUCAUAUAGCUAUCGCGUUGCGUUGGGUUAUGUAAUAAGUAGAGAGUUUGCCUGUAAACGAAUCAACAACUCGGUUGUUUUCUUUUUCACAACAGCAAACAGCUUUUUGAACUUUUCAGUAAACCGUUUCAUAAACCAUUUCAUCCAUUUUUGGCGGCGUCUGUGCGAUUUUCAACUGCAAGGCAGUGUUUCGAAGGCCAAGUCGACUAAACCUGAAAAAUUCCGAAAAUGUUUUUCCUUUCACGGUGACUUAAAUUGACUGAAAUCUCUGGCAUUUAAAAUAAACUAGCAAUUAGUACAUGUCAAACAUACUUUACUACGGUUUUUUAAUUAAGUUGUCGAAAUAAAAUUAAAUUAUUAUAAAAACGAUCUAUGAUCAUCUAUGGGCGCUUUUCCUCUCAAAAGUUAUCUCCAGAUUUAUCAAUUGCCAAAUGAAUCUCGCAUAUCUAGUACAGAUAUGACUCGCUGAGUACUUAAAGUACGUGCUUUGGCGACUCUCUAAUUGCCCUGAGGGAAAUACAGUUAUGCUUCAUCAGUAGUCCUCGUAUUUCAGUCAACUUGUAUGAGGAGAGUUCUGUGUCUUUUCUUUUUCGGAUAAAAGAUCAUAAAACAUUGAUCUUGACUGAUACGUAAAUAACCAGCUCUCAUUUGCGAACGUUGUAGACUGGUUUGAGAACUGAUAAUGAAGUAUUAUAUGAAGUAGUACAAACCCAGCCUACAUUUUGCAUGGAACUCUGACUCCAAGAGGAGAAGUACGAGAGGGGAUAUUUACAAACCGCAUGGAACGGAUGUGAAUUUCGAGAGUAUCGAUUAGUCCUCAAGCAGUAAAUCUGGGACAGAUUAGAAAUCAGCUUUAUUUAGUCUAGAAUAAGGUAUCAUUUACCGUGAAAUUACCAGCAGUCGUCUAGAGUAGGAAAUUAAAGGUCAUUAAAACCCGGACGUGAAAAACCAAGCUGCAGGUACAAUCAACAUUAUCCAAGUACGAUUUUUACUUUGUUAGCAAAUGGCUUCCCACUGAAAACACUGCAAGGGAAGCGUGAGACAGAUAACUGCAUGUAAAAUGUUCUUUAACAAGGUUAUAUACCAAGAUGAACAGAGUGCACCGUGAGACAGUGAUCUACUGGAUAUCAAUUAUAAUGGGUGUGCCAUAAAUGGUACAAAAGCGUAAGAGAAAAAGCCGUGAGGAGGGAAAGUCGUAAAAAAGAGAAAGUAGUCUGGAAAUACAAUGCUUCAGUUACAUGUAGUUAUUUCACUACUGUUCUCCAAUUACAAGUAGAAGACAUAUACGUAGAAAAAGGCGUGCAUCAUCCAGUCAUAGAACUGAAAAACCGCCAGGCGUCAUAUUUAUUGAGGAUAAGGCGGGGCGGCGGUGGACAUUAGAGUUCAGAGGGGAGCUGCUUAUUUUACGUCGGCCAUGUUUGCAACCAGCGAGGCGAAAUGAGAAAGAUGCAACACAGGCCGCGCUAUUCAAACAAUGAACUCGAAGGCGCUUUUACUCUACAGAGUUCAGUGACUGAAGGAAGAGGUGUUUUAGUCCGGGAUGACGUCCUUUUCCACUGGUGUUUGUUUGUUCUGUUGAGGACUCCUAGUAAACGUAAUCUCUUUUUGAAUCAGAUUUUGUGUUCGAACUGAAAAGAAUAAACACCCAGAACAAUUCAAACGUAUACACAAAUGGCUUGUUAAAUUCUACGAACAAAGACCACUUUAGAGUCUAUCAGAGAUUUGACCUGAGAGAAUUACCUGCU